AUGCCUGGUUAUGAUUGCGACCGAUUUGUUAAUCUAAGUCCAGCCGAUAGGGCUGAGCUAACCUGUAGUAUAUGUCAGGACAUAUUUUACUGUCCAGUUAUAGCCCAGUGUUGUCGCCAAACAUUUUGCGAAGACUGUAUCAACAAUUGGCUGUCGACUAACAAUACCUGUCCGUAUGAUAGAAAAACACUAACAACGGAGGCAUUAACCCGACCACCCAGAGUUAUGGUUAAUAUGUUGGGAAAACUUCAAAUCAAAUGUGAUUUCCGGGAUAAGGGUUGUACUGAUUAUAAUAUCAUUAGAGGAGUUGUCAAAUCAUGUAAUUAAUUGUCAAUACAAUACAUCAAACAGUAGUCUAUUGUCAACAACUUCAGUAAGAGAAGAGUCAUUGUUAAGAAAAAUACAUGAAUUAGAGUCCGAAA